AAUCAGACCGUCUCCUGCAUACGUGUAUCAACAUCGAAGCCCCCGAUUGGAGCGUUCGGUUCACGUGAUUGGACAGUUGCCAAGGGACAGAACUCUCGCUGACGAGUGCGGUUCCAUUGGCCGGAAAUACCUCUGUGGCAUGGCGCCUGAUCAUUUUCUUGUGGGCAUCGACUGUCAACCAGAGGUCCAAAAUCUGACCAUUCAAAUAGAUACUCAAGGCGGGGAGAAAAGCGGACUUGUGGAAGUGCACCAACCAGACACCGGUCUUGUGACAAACAUUUGUGGCGACACCUGGGGCGGAACUGAGGCAACUGUCGUCUGCAGAGAAAUGGGAUUUGAUGGAGAACCUGCAAUUCCUCUUGAGAUCAAUGAAAACCUCUUGCAAUUGCGUCAGGAUUUACCUGUAGAGCUAAGUGACGUUGAGUGCGAAGGAUCGGAGAGGGGACUAGAGCAGUGUGUCUACCCUCCCCUGGGGUACGGGGCGUGUGAGGAGACCCGAGGAAAGGCAGGCGUCGUCUGUAGUACCAGCGAUGUUGGCUUGCGGAUUUCCCCAUUGGGUAGCACAGGCAAUCACGAGGGUUGGGUCGAGAUCAACCUCCUGGGCCGCUGGUGGGAUGCAGUACACCCUAUGUGGACGGGAGCGGAAGCGACUGUUUUCUGCAGAUCGUUGGGAUACCGAUGGGGAGCUGCAGGGAAGGGAUGGUUCGGUCGGAAGGGUCGGAUAAAGGGCGUUUGGAGUUUGGACGGCGGAUGCAGUGGACAUGAGGCCAGUUUUACUGGAGUGCAACAUUUCAAAAUGGCGCCUGCAUUAUCACCGAAUGGGCGGUGACAAACUCCCCACGUCAGUGCAAUGCUUUAACGAUUCUACUGGGCCAUCGCCUCCCGUUAUUUACGGGCUGUCCGACAUUAUACUAGAAGACGAGACAAGACAAGUAACUUGUGACGUCGACGGGGGAGAUCAUGACGUCACCGCCAUGCUACAAUGUCCUGGACCGAGCAACGGGACGGAUGGGCCAAUGCGUGUGGGCAAAGGGUCUCACGUGACUUUGUCCACGAGCCUUAAAGGAAGUGACGCUGCGAUUAGCCAGAAACCAUGCACGUGUGCCGCUGUCAGUGAUACGCAGUGGUAUGCCAAAACCGAAGCCAGCCCAAAAGUCGCUUUUGGGCCGACCGAUGUUCGUAUUGCCCCACUCGAAGUAGAACCAAAACCUGGGUCAGCAUUUGUAUUACACUGUGAGACAAACAUCACCAACCCGCCGUCAGAGAUCAUGUGGCUAAACGGAUCUCAGCGACUUGACGGGGUGGGACGGACCUACAGCCGAACUGUGGAAGACGGAAGGUACUACAGGACAUACAACCGCUGGUACAUCCUAGCGCACGAAUCUAUGACUGGUAACAUGAUCACGUGUCUAGCCAAGAAUCCACUGACCAAUGAGACAGCAUUUGACUCAAAACUGCUGAUCAUUGGCACGCAACUUCCGAAAGAAGCUCACAUUGGAAUUAUGUCGUCUAAACUUGUGUCGCCUCAUUCCCUGAUAUCUAUGUUUAAGAAUUUUCUCGGCUCUAGCUAUGUCAAAAAACGAUCGAACUAUUGAAAUGUUUAACCAUUGGCUCUUCUGCAAAUCCGCCUGAUUUUAUUUUCAGCAAGUGUAUUUGAAAGGAUUUACAUACUUAUGUGUUUUUUGUUUUUGUUUUGUCAUACACUAGACCCUCAAUAUUGCUUCCAUUAUUUAAUGACAGGAUUCAAGAGUCAUUAUAUCGGGGUUGAACUGUCAGUGAAAUCAACUGUUUCGACCUCA